AGGUUAUCGAAUAUCUCAUCUAUAAAUUUUGGAGUUGUUCGGAUGGCCUUUUAUUAUUAUGGACGCUGUCCAUCGAAACAUAUCAUUGCAUUUUCGAUUUUUUCCUAUGGUGACUUUUGAACAGCCUUCCUAUGUCAGCGAUGUGUUCAAGGAAUCGGAGACUUGAGGAUGGAAAAGAUUUGAUACAGCAUGAAUUUCUGUUCGUUGUGUCUGCCAGCCAAUCGGCGGUGUUUGAUUGGUUGUGGCGUUUAACAUGAAGCAGCAUUUUGGGAAAAAAGAAAUUUUUUUAAACUUUUUUGUCGUCUGAUCAACAAGACAUGGUCUCAGAAGACAGAAAGACAGAGGCUCCGAAAGGCCUUCUCGCCAUGUUUGGUGGAGGAGGAAAAACGGCGGCACAAUUACCAUCGACGACUGCCGCCACCAAAAGUUUCUCAUUCUCAACCAAUGUGAAGUCUACGCCGAUCGAUCAAAAAGAAUCAAGUGCAGGUGGCGGUGCUUGGCGAACGGCAGGACAACGGCGCUCGGGAAGAUCAUUGGCGUUGAAGGCGCGAAUGCCCGGAAAGACGGUUUCUAUCACUGCCAGCAAAGGUGCAGCCAAUGGCAUGGAUAGUGACGACGAUAUCACCAUGGGUGGCAUGGGAAAGAAGAAGAAUAAAAAGCGAUUCUCACCUUAUGGCCGAAAUCGACCCAAGAAAGCGGCUUCUGUUAUGCAGACGGCACCUGAACAACGGGUGGAUAUUUUGAUUCAAGGUUUUGCACCGGGUACUGAGAAUGGCUUGAUCCCAUAUUUGCAAAUGAAAUCCAAGAAACAGUGGAAUCCCGUCGAUGCCCGGGUCGAACCAGGCCAAAUGCUCCUAACGGUCAGCGAUCCCGCCAUUGCCGGAACGAUUACUCGCUUGGAUGGUUACAUUUUUGGAUCCGAACAGUUAUCCAUUCGCUUAUUCUCGGAAACCUCGGCGACCAACGAUAUGAUGGCUGACGAGCCUAAAAAAGUGACCACCAUCGAUACCUUGCGGGCGUUUCUUCGAUCUCGCUGGAACAGUGACAUGAAAUACUUGAAUUUGGACGACAUGGCCUCAGAUCCGAUCCUGAAAAAGGGCGGCAUUCGUCCUCCAGGCGCGUCUGGUGCCACCGAAGUCGUGGGCCCAGCCAUGAUGAAAUUAGCCGGUGAAAUGUUUGAAGAGGUUACGACGAUUUCCUUUGCUCGCAAUCGAUUGCGCAACGUUCAACCCAUUUCAGUAAUGACCCAGUAUCUUCCCAAUCUGCAGAAUGUUUCGUUCCAAGACAAUUUGAUUGGAAAGUAUGAAGGUAUCGAUGCGCUUAGUGGCACAGGCAAACUAAAGCAUUUGCGUGAAUUUGUGUUGCUCGGCAACCCUCUUCGAGAAUCCGAAAUUAAGCAACGGGGUAACGAUCGCGCGUACAUUCGAAACAUGGUCAAACGAUUUCCUACCAUGGUGCUACUGGACGGUGUGCCUGCGGCUCUCACGGAAGAAGAAAGACAGAGUGUACAAAAGAGCGGCAAAGUCCUGCCGCUGGAUACAAAAUCUAAUUUCUUUGACAAUGAAGCCAGCCAAUCGACGGGCUGGGAUUUCCUCAACCGUUACUUCCAAGCCUUUGACUCGAAUCGUGGGCCUUUGGCCGCUCUUUACGAUGCCAAUGCCAUGUUCUCUGUUUCCACUCGCCUUAAAUUACGCAAAGACAACAAAAUCCGACGACGAGAAAAGAAGAAGAUGAUGGAAGAUGAAGGUGAAAAAGUAACAUGGACCACUAUGGAUCGCAAUUUGGCCAAAUCCAGCUCAAAGACACCGGGUAAACAUUUGAUAUGUGGACCUGAAGCGAUUGGUGACGCACUUGUGCGAUUACCUGCAACGAUCCACGAUUUAAAGACGACCAAGGACUUUGUCAUGGAUGCGUAUCAGCUACCUCUGGGUCUUUGCGUCCAUUUGCACGGUGAAUUCAAAGAAGAUGAAAACUCGGGUCCCCUGUCUUUUGAUCGCACUUUUAUUCUUCGUCCAGCUAUUCCCGGUUCUCGUGCAAUGGCCGAAGGAUGGCCUUAUAUGAUUCUGUCGGAUAUGCUUUGCGUACGUGAUUAUGUUGGCAAUCAAGGUUUCCAACCUAAUCAGCAAGCUACGACUAGCAUCUUUGCCGCGUAUCCAUCUCUUCCUCAACCACCUGUAGGACAAUAAUAAGUUCAUCAACAUUUGCUGCAUUUUCCCGCCUACAACAUCCUCCGAAAAGCAAGUCACAAGAGGCAAAAAGCGAGGGUCGCUUUUUUAUAGGUGCAUCCGUGCGUAACACAAGCAAUCAUUUUCUUUUAUACAUUUUGAACCCUGACAAUAUUCCUCACUGAUUUUUCCAAAGUAGUUUUAGAUAUCUCACAUAUUCUUUUCCUUGAUUGACUGUUUAAUUUAUAAACGGUGUAAACUUUUUUUUUUACUAUUUUUUUUGUUGCGGAAAAUCAUUUUAUCACGAUGGUGCCUGCACAUAAACCGUUCUUCCGAG